UUAAUUUUACAUGGGUUGUCUCGUCUGAUCGUUUCGCGCGAGAAAAAUCGCACGCGAAUUAAAUGAAAUUAUCAUUAUCUUCCGUCAUUUUCUUAAAAAAAAAAAUAUAUUUUUUUAUUUUUCUAUUUGUUCUUUCGAAAUCGCUCGAGAUUCGAUUUACUUCAUGUCACUUCGUGUUUCGAAAUUGCGUUGAAUUGCGUCUGUAGCUUCUCUGUACAUAUAUGUGGAAAGAAAUUUGUAAAAUUUAUCGUAAGCGAUUAUGGCCAACGUUAAAAUCGGGAAAAAGACCGAGACUGUUAUGUACUCCCAACUUCAACCAUGGAGUGCAGUCGGCGUUUCGCCGUGUAUGGAGCAGGUCAUCGGUCCACCGGUUCCCACCAGAGUCGGAGAAUUUUACAAGACUCCAAGGCCGCAUCCUUGGCGAUCUACUUUGGGAUACGAAGUCGUAGAGGCGGCUCCCCUGCCUGCGCAGCCCAUAACGAAUCUGCUGGUGGACGCUUGUCGCACGACGCGCGGAUUGGCGACGGAGCCGCUGAAAUUUCCGAAUUUGGUGACCGGCUUCGACCGCAAUCCUUCGCACGCGGCACGUGCCGCACUUUACACGCGAUACACCCCGUGUGACUGGCUACAGAAUCAAAUCAAACUCUGCAAUGAGACAAAUGCGAACAUAUGUUAUUCUGAAAAAUUGCGCAAGAACACUGCAUGCUUAAUACGAGAAGCCGAUGAAAAGAUACAUAAGGGACAAGUAGACAGCGGUCGAAAACUCGGGGAAAGAAUCACGGACAUCACUUUCUGGCGGAACGAGAUGACGAUGGAAUUGGAGAGAUUAAUCGUAGAAAAUGGUAAACAGCAGGAGUGUCGACGCAGUCUGCAAAGAGUGGUCCAAAAUCUCGAGGCACAGUUACACAUCGCGCAAGAAUGUCUUUAUCAUCGAGAGUCGAGAAAAGGUAUUGAUUUGGUUCACGACGAAGUUGAAAAAGAUCUGCUGCAGGAAGUCGAAACGGUGAGAAAUUGUGACAAGAAAUUAAAACAGUUCAUGAAUAGAUGUGCCAAUCAACUAACGAACGGCAGAGCUGUGCAACAUCAGCUACAGAUUAACGUGCAAAACAAAGAAACGGCCCUGGGAAUCGACAGCGUGUGUCACCAGAUGAACAAUCUUAGUCGAGGUCUGCAAUAUUACGGUGGUAUAGAAAAAUAUGAUCCUAGUGUUACCGGAAAUGAUUGUGAAACUUGGGUAGAAGCAUCAGACAAUAUAGUGAAGAAAUCGCAGAUGGAACGAGCAAAGUCGCACCAAUUGCGAAAUGACAUUUGCAAUGCUAUAAAUGCUAUAAGCUAUGAGACAUGCGAAGCUUGGGCUAAAACCAAUAAAGCGUUGGACAGACGAGCUGCCGAAAUGUUGAAAGCGAAGGAAAAAUUACAAGCGCAUCUACAUAAGAUUCAAGAAGAGAUUUUCGACAUAGAGAAGAGCAUGGUGUCAAUGCAAAGGAUGAUCGCAGACAAAAGUCCGGCAUUGAAAGUUGCGCACACGCGGCUGGAGGCCAGGACGCACCGUCCGGAAACUGAACUGUGCAAGGAUCAGGCCCAACUCAGGAUGAUCAAAGAAGUGGAGGAUAUUAAUAAACUAGUGUAUGACGUGAAUAUGAGAUUGCAACAGUCAGAGACGCAGCAUCAGGAACUCUUGCGCACAAGGUCUAGUCUGGAAAGCGAUUUGAAGUCCAAGAUGGAUGCACUAUUCAUCGACAGAGAAAAGUGCAUGGGACUCAGAAGGAGCUGUCCGAUUUUGUCGACUGUGAAAUACUGAGGCGGAGUAUUAGAUUGCCAAGUGCACAUAAAGUUUUGACAAAUUUUAUGAUGCAAGAUAUGUAUGCAUUAAUAAAAACAUUAAAAAAAA